AAAACAAAGUGUUGUAUACUGAAGCCAAAGGUCAAAUUUAUGAGUCACAUGCUUGAAACCAGGAAACAGGAAAGAGGCAUCAAUCCACGGACACUUCCUUUAUCUUAACAGUGGAUCAGAAACACGACAUCUGGUCUUAGAUUGACCGAUUUAUCAAGAAUGAUCAGAAACCACACGAAACAAGAGCCCACAGUUGAAGACUGUCAAAAUGGGAUCUCUAUCGACCUGUUUCUGCAUCUGUCUCUCAUCCCAGCUGCGUUGAUUGUCGGAGUGCUGUCAUUCCUCCAGAGAAGAUCACAGACACUGGCCAUUGACCGCAGACUGCCCUUCCUGGGCGGACGCUUUGCCAUUGUGGUGCCUUUGGACACUAUAGGCAGUCUCAGCAACCGUUGGUCCUAUGGGUUUGCAUUUGGUGCCGUGUCCAGCAGUGUCCUGCUGCUCUUCUCUGAAAGUUAUGUCCCCUUCACUGUCCCACCCUGGGCGCGAGCGAUAGUGUACCUGGUUGGAGCUUUAGAAGUGGGUCUGGUCUAUUUCCCCUUCUUUGCCUGUCUGUCCACACAUUUUAGAGCAGCUGGUGCUGUGCUGGGGAUACUCUACUCUCUGUGCUGGAUCAUCAUUACAAUCUGGGACACGUUCACUUGUCCUGGUGGAAAGAUAUUAGGCAAACAUCAGAAGAUCAUUGUACAGUGGCCCUGCAUCCUUUCCCUCAUCUUCCUCCUGGGUCGAUUUGUUUACAUGUUGGUUAAAGAUGUUCGAAUACGCCUGCAACUUGAACAAGAGGACGUUGUGGAGCUGAAUGAGCACCACCAGGUGCAGCAUGUGAAGAGACUGCUGAGGAAGACACCUGCACACGGUAAGCCACUCAGCUGGUUCCAGAGACGAGUGUAUUUGUGGGAUUCCCACUUCAAGUUCCCCAACAGGAUCAUCGGCACUGCCAUCAUAUCCCUCAUCGGCCUCUAUACAAUGACUCUGGCAGAUUACAUUCUCAGUAAUGCGGUUUUUGACGAAGUCGUCACGUGGAAGAAUACACUACAAUACCUGGUUACCUCUUGUAACCAGACUCAAGCCCUGGGAGCCAUGAUACCACAGCUGGAGGAAUUCAUUGAUGUGGCCAGAAAGUGUUGGCUGGCUACUACCAUCUUUGCUAGUCUCAACUCUGUUGCCUACACUUUCCAUGUAUUGGUGUGUUACAGGAAACACUUGAAGAGAUUGUGGAGAGGACAAAGGGGUUUUAUUCCUGAGAAGUUUCACAAACCUCGGUCAGCUGUCAGCGUAGCUUCCAUUGCUCGAUAUUCUGGGUGGCAAAUCGCAUUUACACUGUGGGGCUAUCUGAUAGUCCACUUUGUCCACUUCCUGUUUUCCCUGCUCUUGGUCUAUGGGCUGGUUCUUCCUAUACAGCAUGGACAAGUAGUGAGAAUGCUUUCUAACCUGGGAAUAAUUGUACUGACCAUCGCUCUGGUGACUGGUCUAUUGAUUCUCCAGAUCGUUCUGGUGCAGAUCUUCUUCCUCCAGGACAAAUUAUCCCCGACAGACAAAGAAAAACCUUUGGCUCUCAACAAUAGAAAGGCGUUCCACUGCUUCAACUACUUCUUCUUCUUCUACAAUGUGGUGAUGGGGUUCAGCACCUGCAUCCUGAGGCUUCUGUUGAGCAUCAUCAUGGGAACGUGGCUGGUGUCCAGAAUAGACCGAACCAUCAUGCAGAGAGGAUAUGAAGGCAUGGAUGCAGGCUACUCUACGUGGAUCGGGAUGAUCUUUGCUGACCACUAUCAUAACAAUCCAGUCAUGGUGUGUUUCUGUCAGCUGCUGGUCUCCAACAAGCUGGAGAGACAUGGAUCUGCAUACUCCACAUUCAGCAACAAGCCAUCUGAAACCCCUGUGAACAGUAAGGCAAAGAGACGCUGGAUGUUGUUUCAUACUUUGUUGAGAAAUCCUCAUCUGAUUCCUCUCAGAAAGCACCACCUCUCCUCAUUGCACCAGUUACAAGCAUCAUUGUCUCCCCAGUCAGACAUGGUGGUGCGGGCUUGGGUCAUGGCCUCACAAACACAGAGUUACCAAACAGCACCACAGCUACUACCAGAGAUCACAGUCACGCCAGCAGAGGACAGCUAAAGGAAAUCUUCCACUCCAGAUACAAUCCAGAAUUGUACAUAUGCCUUCUACUGUUUUAAAAGGAGCACUGACCAAUUUUCAGUAAAUGUUCUAACCCUUUCACAAAGGUUUGGUAAAGUCAGUGGAUCUGAUUUUAUUUGUCACCAAGCUCAACUAUCAACAAACAAGACUAUAGCGCUGACAUCUGACUGAUAUAUUGCAGUAAAUGAUUUACUUGAUCAUAGCAGUGUCAGUCAGAUAUAACCUUAAAAUGUUUUAUACCCUUUGUAAACUAUCCUGCCACUAUGUUGAUUCACAUAGAAAUGGAUGCUGAUUUGUCAAAUGUUGGUUGUAACAAUUUAUUUAACUCACCUAUUUUUAGUUGUAAAUAAAAACACUACAGAAAAUGUGAA